AGGAUUAAUAUUGUAGAUAUUAUUAAACAUAUUUUUUAGAUAUAUUUUUAAACAGUAUAAUGAACUUAUGAUAUUUGAAUUGGGUUAGUUUUACUAAAUUCUCUUCCAAGUAUUUAAAAUUUCAAGUAAUUCAUAUAUAGUUGAAAAUUUCAAGUAAUUGCUUGUUGAUAUCUAUGCUAUGUGUGACAGCUUAUUUAUUUAAAUUUUUGGUGCAGGGUUAGGAAAUUUGACAAACUUGAAAAUAUUGUAUCUAAGUGGUAAUGAGAUCAAUACUUCUCUAGCCAAUUUAGGUUUGGAAAAUUUGAAAAAUCUAGAAGAACUUAGGAUGGUAUAUACUAGAUUGAGCGGUGUGCUUACUUCAUUAGGUUUAGCAAAUAUGACAAAGUUGAAAAUGUUGGAUCUAAGUGACAACCAAAUCAACACUUCUCUAGCAAGUUUAGGUUUACAAAAUAAAAAAAGUUUGGAAGAGUUAUAUAUGAGUAACAUUGGAAUGAGUGGUUCUCUUGCUGCUCUAGGUUUAGCAAAUAUGACAAAUUUGAAAAUAUUAGAUCUAAAUUUUAAUCAAAUCAACACUUCUCUCGCAAGUUUAGGUUUACAAAAUUUAAAAAGUUUGGAAAAGUUGUAUAUGCGGGAUAAUGGAAUAAGCGGUUCUCUUGUUUCGUUAGGGUUAGAAAAUUUGACUAAUUUGAAAAUAUUGGAUUUAAGUGAUAAUCAAAUCACCAAUGCUAAAGUUUUAGCGAAUCUGACAAACUUAAAAGUAUUGGAUCUAAGUUCAAAUCAAAUCAACACUUCUCUAAUAGGUUUAGAUUUAAAAUAUUUGAAAAACUUGGAACAAUUGUAUAUGAGAUCUAUUGAAAUGAGCAGUGACUCUCUUUCUUUAGGUCUAGCAAAUUUGACAAAUUUGAAAGUAUUGGAUCUACAUGAUAAUCAUAUUAACAACUCUUUGGAAAGCUUAGGAAUAUGUAAAUUGAAAAACUUGGCUGAAUUGCAUCUCGAUUUCAACAGUCUCAAUGAUCACCACUUGAAUUGCCUACACAACUUAACUAAUCUUAAGAUUCUUGAUCUUUCAGGCAAUCAGUUAAGUGGGAAGUUCUUGUCAUUUGUUGCUCAUGAUCUCACAUCCCUUGAAUAUUUGUCACUUUCCCAUAACAUUUUAGAAAAUUCCUUGACUUAUGAUCUGUUUCAACCUACAAGUGAAAAUCGGCUUCCAACAUAUCAAUUGAAGGUCAUCCUAUUACGUAAUUGCAGCUUAGAUGUCAUUCCUCUUUUUCUUUCAUAUCAUUACAAUUUAAUAUCUAUUGACCUCUCUGAUAACAAAUUGGUUGGAAAUUUUCCUGCUUGGUUGUUAGAAAAUAACACCAAAUUACAACAUCUAAGUUUACAGAAUAACUCAUUCUCAGGAAUCUUUCAAGUGCCCAAGUCUAAAUGCAAUCUAAAUCUUCUAAAUAUUGCUAGCAACAAUUUCAUAGGUCAACUACCCAAGAAUAUAGGUUCAAUUUUGCCAAGAUUGUCGUAUAUAAACAUGUCAAAGAAUUUAUUAGAAGAUAGUAUUCCUUCUUCAAUGGGUGAAAUAAAGAGACUUAAUUUUUUGGACUUGUCUAGUAAUAAUUUUUCUGGAGAGUUACCUGAUAAUUUUUUUAGUGGUUGUAUCUCAUUAACAAUGGUAAAGUUAUCAAAUAACAAAUUUCAGGGGCGAAUUUUUCCUAAGUAUAUGAACCUGACUCAAUUGGAGUGGUUAUACUUAGAUAACAACAACUUUAGUGGGAAGAUUGGAAAUGGGCUCUUGAAUGCAACUUUUUUACAUUAUUUAGAUAUAAGCAACAACAAGGUAUCAGGUGAAAUUCCACAUUGGAUUGGAAAAAUUUCAAGUCUUUCUUAUCUUUACAUGUCGAAUAAUCUUUUAGAAGGUACUCUUCCCAUUCAGCUAAGUAAUCUUGAAAGACUUUUAGUGCUAGAUGUCUCUGAAAAUAGGAUGUCGGGAUCCAUAGCAUGUGACUUUAAUCUUUCAGUGAUGUAUCUUUACAUGCAAAAGAAUGCUCUUAGUGGAUCAAUCCCAAAUUCAUUGUUCCAAAACUCUAAAUUGAUUACACUUGAUUUGAGGGACAAUAAGUUUUCUGGAAGUAUUAAUCCCUAUUGGUUUAAUGAUCGAUCACAUCUUCAUUUUCUUCUCUUGUCAGGUAAUCAACUACAAGGGAAUAUUCCUAAUCAAUUGUGUCAACUAAGAAACCUAGGUCUCUUAGAUCUUUCACAUAACAUACUCAAUGGGUCAAUACCUUCAUGCUUUACUAAUUUGACAUGUUGGAGUAAGGUAGGAGACAUUGAUUGUACAAUUGACUCUAUUGGGGAUUUAUGGUACAUUUAUAGUGAGGAACUAGAUUUUCACUAUACAUCCACUUAUAUGGUGGAAGGAUUAUCUGAAUAUUCAAAACUACAAAUAAUCUUUGAAGUAGAAUUUAUGAUGAAAAGUAGAUUAGAGUCGUACAAGGGAUAUACUUUUGAAAAUGUUGUCGGAUUGGAUUUGUCAGACAAUGAAAUAAUUGGUGAAAUCCCAUCAACAAUUGGAGAGCUUGAAGGAGUUUUAGUAUUAAAUUUGUCUUACAAUUCAUUAUCAGGAACUAUACCAGAGAGUUUUGUCCAUUUGAAAGAGAUAGAGAGCUUAGAUCUUUCCCACAAUAAAUUAAGUGGACAAAUUCCUCCACAAUUAACUCAAAUAUAUAAUUUGGAGGUCUUCCAUGUGGCACACAACAACUUAUCAGGAUCCAUUCCUGAUCAAGCUCAGUUUGGGAGUUUUAAUGAAAGCGAUUUUGAAGGUAAUCCUUACCUCUGUGGUCAAUUAAUUAAGAAGAAAUGCACUAAUGUGGCAACAUCGCCACCUCCUACAGUUAUAAAAGACGAAGAAGAAGAUGAUGAAUCUGUUAUUGACAUGGAAGCAUUCAACUGGAGUUUUGCUGGAUCAUAUGUUACAAUUAUAUUGGUGUUGAUAGUGAUCCUUUGGAUCAACUCAUAUUGGUGUAGAAUUUGGUUUAAUUUUAUUGAUAUAUGUAUUUAUUUAUGUUUUCAUUGGUUUUCUAAGAAUAACUGGCAUUGAUUCUGAUAACUAUAUAUGUCAUAAUUAGUUGAUAUAAUUUUAAUUUCCAUGUAUAAGAAGCUACGAGUGAUUGAAUCCAUGUGUCAAUCAAAAUUUUAAGU